AUGUGUGCGGAUUACCUAUUCUACGUUAGCCGGGCGGAUAUUUUUUCCGUAUACCCGUCCAUCCUUCAGGAGAUUUUAGUUCUGGAGGAACUUUUUCGGGCGAAGAAAGUUACUCCCUUCAAAAGCAGCUCCAGUGCCGAAAAAUUGCAAAUGCCAAGUGAGUUUGAGUGGCAGCUGAAACAGUACUUCCGUCUUUUAGAGCAACAGAAGAAGAUUAACGCUGCUGAGAAUAAAGGAAUCCAGCUGAAGACAUCACUUGAGCUGAAGGACACAACGCUCUGGGAACCAAAGGUGAAGUCAGUCGAGGAGGUUUCACCAUUCUCAUCGCCCGUUCCUGGUGAUUCAGCAGCGCUUCGCCGGAAGCCUCGACGCUGCUAUCUGGACAAUCCAAUCGACUUUUGCAAUAUAGACGAGUACAACCAAUGGUUGCUGCAGGAUAUCGCCCGGGCGGGAAAGUUGCUUCGAAAACCACCCUCACCGGUAUCUUUCGACGACGAAUUCGAGAUGCGAAAGGUCUACUCUAUGAUAUAUGAUGUCUUUCGUUUUAAACUAGUUCUACAGCAAGCUCUGAAAAAUAUCAAUUUCUUUGAAAACUUCCCACAGCUAAAAUGUGAAAAUACCCGCGUUUGGCUAAUCCUGUAUGAUAUGUACCUACGUAAGUUCGAGAAAAGAGAACCUGAAUUAGUGAUGUUGAAGAAUACCCUUUUCGAUGAAGCCGGUUUAUUAGAGAUCGAACGUUGCUUAGAGACCAACGGUGUCAAGAUUGCCGCUGCCCUUACCAGAAUUCGCAUCCAGAAUAGUGCCUACAGUCUAACAACGCUACUUCCCCCGCAUUUGCAGGAUGAGAAAGUAGCUAUCGUCGUAUCGAAUCCGAUCGUAACCGGGUGGAUCAACACGUUUCGCAUCAAAACCAAACUCUUAGCCAAUGAGUUACUAAAAUCUGUAGGAUUUGAUGUAAUUCAUGAAACUGUAAUAUCUAAUGAUGCCUUGUCAAAUUCAUUGAAUCCUAAAGAAAGAGUGUACAAACCGCUAAAAGCCCAAAGAUACAAAUGGGACCAAAUGUGCCCUCAAGUUUUGUCUAUAUAUCCUGCUAAAAGAACAGAGUUUAUUCGCUCGGAAAUUUUUCAGAGGCACGAAAUGAUAAUACAAGAUCGAUCGUUUCUCCUCGGUCCAACAAUUUUCGUCAACUUGCUGGAAUUCUACGAACUAAAUGGAGACGUGAUACAAACUCAUAUAUCCUCGCCUAGAUCAACGGCUUAUUUAGCAUCGUUGCUAGCAAACAGCCGAAGAGUACGGAAUUUUGUGGCGUUUGGAUGUGGUAACAAAUUAAAUGAUUAUAAAGAGUAUAUGGCUGCCCUCGGCGUCAACAACGUUGAACUUCAUGCAGAAAAUUUUACGGAUGUUCCACAUGGUGCAGCAGUGAUUGAAAAAGUUGUUGGUAUCUUUGCGAACCCUCCAAGUUCAUACUCAGCGGUUAGCGAUCCAAUCGAUCUCAUAUGCAGUCGAGGUGGAGAUCUCUCUAUGUUGGAAAUACUUUCCGAAUCUGAAAUGACAUUGGAAAGCAAACAGCGUGUAGCCACACUAUUAAGGGAGCAACGGGAAACGCUGAAGCACUGUAUGUCCAGGCCGCAGGUGCAAAUAAUCCUGUACCAAACACAUUCGGUCGUUAAGACCGAGAACGAAAUCAUGGUGGACAAAGUGAUCGAUUACAUCAAUCAGAAAGUGUACGAAGUGCAUUUACAAGCAACUAAAGAACGAGAAUUGCACGCGCUUGCCGAAGCUGCUGGCAAUCAACUUGUCAACAGAUUACUGCGGCGACAAGAUACCAGCAAAACAAGCAAAGUGGAUGAUUCUGUUGAUAAUGAUUUCGAAGCGGAUGGGGAGUCUCAGCAAGCACCAGAAGAAACGAUUGAGGUACCACUAAGCGACCAAUUCGAAACAGCAGAAUUACCAGAUUUUUGUUCUAAUCAAGACAGCUGUUUGGAUUUCAAGGAGGACGGUGUCUUCCUCUCUUUGAUUAAACGAAAAGAAGUAGUACGACUCGAUUCUAAAUAUCUAAUCAAAAUAGCGGAGCUUAGAGGAAUUUUCGGAGGUAACAGUUCUAACUCAGAACCUAGGACAAACGUCAAACUAGUUAAACGCCAGGAGAAAAAGUCUGAUGAUCGCGAAAUUGCAGAGCUUGAAAAUCGAAAACGUCGUCUAAAACGUCGUGGAAGCAAUAUGGACUCGCUGAUAAGCCGUCUAAAUGCUCCCACUCAAGCAUCAAUUAAACGAGGCCAUCAUCACCGGGUUUCCUCAAUGGAGCACAAAUUCAUGUUCUUCGAUCUAAACCAGGAAUGGUGCCCAAAGUACGCUGCUGUGCAGAGUGAAUACAAUCUCUCAGUGCUUAGCGACGAGAAAUUGUCGCUUUACUCUACAGACAUGAUCCCACGUGCCCGUAUCUGGUGGCAGGAUACAAUCGAAUAUGUGCGACAUCAUAUUCGCAGCAUAAAGCAAAGGCACCAUGCGGAAACUGUCGUUCAACCAUUCGUCCUAAAACGACAAUUCAUGCAUUGUAAGCACGAACAAAUGGAAGUUGUGAAAAGAUUUCGCGGCAGUUAUUACAAAAGAUUGCCCUAUACUCUUCCAGUACGGGUUCUGGAAUUCAGACAGUACACCUCCGAAAAUAGGUAUAAUUUCCCAGAUAGUUGCGAUCCCAAUCGUUGCUUGAUGUUUCUUUCUAUUUUAGUCUGUUUCAUGAUCGAUGUCAUCCAAAAAUCAAUGAACUAA